AUGCGGUUCAACCCAGAGAAAUGCACGUUCGGAGUCCGAGCAGGGAAAUUCCUCGGUUUCUACCUCACGGAACGAGGGAUCGAAGCCAACCCCGACAAGUGCAGGGCGUUCACCACAUUCCCAACACCCGACUCGAAGAAGUCCGUCCAAUCCCUUAACGGCAUGCUCACAUCCUUGUCCCGCUUCGUGGCCAAAUCCGCCCAGCAUGCGCUCCCCCUCUUUAGACUACUCCGCAAGGAAUCCGUCUUCGAGUGGACCGCAGAGUGCGAACAAGCUCUCCAACACCUCAAGAAAGCACUUUCCGAACCUCCGGUCCUCUCGCGACCCGAAGCCGAUGAAACCCUAUAUGUCUACCUCGCCGUGAGCACCGAAGCAGUAAGUGCCGCGCUAAUACGAGAAACGCUCGAAGGACAAAAACCCGUAUACUUCACAAGCAAAGCACUACAGGGCCCUGAAGUCAGAUAUCAGCAGAUCAAGAAAGUCGCCCUCGCCCUCCUGAUAGCGGCCAAGCGAUUAAGACAAUACUUCCUAGCACAUACCAUAGUAGUGCGGACCGACCAGCCAAUCAAAGCCCUGCUCGCCCGGCCCGAUAUGGCAGGACGAAUGCUAAAAUGGUCGAUCGAACUCUCCGAAUUCGACAUUCGGUACGAGAGUAGAAAGGCACUCAAAGCACAAGUCCUCGCCGAUUUCGUCGCCGAAAUGACCCCGUCGACGGCUCCCAGCAGCGAAGCUGACAAAUGGACUAUCUUCGUCGACGGUGCCUCUAACGCGACCGGCGCAGGCGCCGGAAUCAUCCUCGAGAACGGCGCCGGAACGAUAAUUGAGGUCUCCCUCACCCUGUCCUUCCCAACGACGAAUAACCAAGCGGAAUACGAAGCUUUCCUCGCCGGCCUGCGUCUGGCAAAGGACGUGGGCGCCAGAGAAAUAAAAAUAUUCACGGACUCCCAACUUGUGGCCUCCCAGGUCCUCGGAGAGUACCAGGCUAAAAACGAUAACCUCCAAGAAUACCUCCGCCUAGUACAAGAGAUGGUCGCGAUGUUCGACUCUGUCAACAUCAAACACGUCCCCCGCGGCGACAACACGCGAGCAGACAUCCUCUCCAAGCUAGCCAGCACGAAGAAAAAGAAAGGAGGAAAUAAAUCCGUCAUUCAGGAAAUACUCCCUCACCCGAGCAUAAAAGGGCGUGCACCCUCGACUCUGACGGUCAUGGACAUUAACGUCUAUUCCAUCAAAGAUGGAACCUCCUGGAUGACAAAGUACUACGACUACCUAGCCCACGGACACCUCCCCAAAGACGAGAAGGAGGCGAAAACGAUCCAACGAAAAGCCUCUUCCUACUGCCUCAUGCACGACAAACUGUAUAGGAGAGGGAUCUCCAACCCCCUCCUUAGGUGCAUAGACGAAGGCGACGUCGAUUACAUCCUGCGUGAGGUACACGAGGGCAUCAACGGCCAACAUCCCGGCGGAAGAUCCCUCGCCAGGAAAGUACUCCGAGCAGGAUACUACUGGCCGACUAUGCAGGAGGACGCGAAGGAGCAUGUCAAGAAAUGCGACAGUUGCCAGCGACACGCAGACAUGAUCCUAGCUCCCCUAAAAGAGCUCAACACUUUAUCCUCGCCCUGA